CGGCGCUCCAGCCGUGGAGCAGUUUGAGUGCCGACAGCCAGAGUGGGAUCAGGCAGGGCCUUCCCAGCUGGAAGAGCAGAGCACCAUCAGGGGCAUGUCCACAUGAGUAGGUGCAGAUGGACCGGAGCGGACCGGACGUGGCUUGGCUCUGGUCUGGAAGCCGAGGCGCUUCUUAGUGCAAUGCUGUCAUCAGACAAAUACUCUUAUUGUUUCUUAUUAGUAGUGUUAGAUCUAGAAGCUCCAGUAUGGAGAUUGAUCUGUCAGGAAUAUGCCAUAUAUUUUGCAUAUUUUUUGUUCUCCCUCCUGGAAAGUGAGUAUCAUCUUCAGUAAAGUAAGCAUUGUAAAGUAAGCAUGGCAGAUAAUCUGAUUUACAGAGAAAGCUUUCUUUCAGAAAUGGAGUGAUGGAGAUAGGUCUCUCUAUUUCUCCUCUUCCCCUCCAGAAAUGAACCUCUAGGGUGUGUAUUUAGGGAAACCAGAGCAUAUCAGGGGGCAAUAUGGAGAUGGGAGAUCAGUAUUUCUGUGGCAUUGCAAUCAAGGCAGAAAGAAGGCAAUGCAAGAAUGACACUUGAAACAAUAAUAUCCAAAAAUGCCUUCCAGAGUGAGGCAUACAAUUGCAUAUUUGGAUAUCUACAAAGUGCUCUGUAUUCUGAGUAGUUCCUCUGACCCGUGUGGUGCACAAUGAGGUGCAAGGUCUAUUUCAAGUGGUUGUGAGUGUUUACAGGUUUUUGUCCAAGUGCCUACAGUAUUUGGAAACUUCUGUGUGGUGCGAAGGUUGCAACCAGGAUUUAGAUAUGUUCAGAUUGUCCUUUUACCUGCCAAAAGAACAGAUUAAGAAUUACUUUGGUGAUGGGAAAAGCUUAAAACCAGCACACUAGCUCACUUUGGAUGUUAAUAUAGUCUUUAGCCAUAGAGGGAAAUCUAAGCUUUGCUGAAGGCACAGCAUGCCAAGGUAUAUCUAAUAGUGUGUGCUUAACUCUGUUGCCUGGGAGCUUUUAUAUAAUGCAAUUGCCAGGAAAAUUGACCUCGUGUUUUGGGGGUUUUUUUUCUUCCUUUGGGUUUGGAUCCUGCCUCACAUCACCUACAUGUGUAAAGCUGGCAAUUUUCUGAUUUAUCAAUUUAAAAAACACUUAGUUGGAAAAAAGGGAAAAACUUGUGAUAAAAACAUUGUGCUCUGAAAUAGCUGCUGCAUCAGAGGAUAUGAGCGGGUUAUUGGUGUAAUAAGGACCCUUCUAUCUGUGAACACAAUGCCAUAUAACAAAUACCAUGAGCCAAAUUAGCAGCCAGUUUCUGAUAGCUGAACUCUCCAGUUCUAAACGCUACUGCAAGCAUUCUGUUUAGGAAGAGAAGCUAAAAGCUUCUCAAGGGUACAUAGAAAAUGCUGAUCCUGAAUGUAUAAAUGGACACAUUUUAAUCCUUAAGUUAUUAAUUAUUUCUCAUGAUUAAUUGUAAUUAUUUUAUUACUACUCCAGACCCUUGGGUCAAAUUGCACAGUGAAGUCAGUAAGAAGUUUGCUGAAGAAUCUCUUCAUUUGGUAUGUUAUCAUUUUUAUAUUGAAUAUUGGACAUUAUCAGUUGCAUUAAAGAGACCAACAGCUAUCAUGCCAUCAAAUUACAGGAUAUAUUUGGGUUGCAGGCAUAACUCCAUUUCUUUCGGAGUCAUCAGAUAUAACUGUAAAUUUAAUGCACAAAGGGAAGGGGAAAUAAUCACUUCACCCACAAAGACAUAAAUUAAAUGUUACCCCACGCUAAAAAAUGUAACCUUAAAUGAACCUUGCGUUAAAGAAAAUUCAGUGCUUACGUUCGGUAUAUGUGGUCUGUUUGAGGGAAUGGCAAGUACUUUCAGAUUAGUCUGAAUUACUGAGGAUUUUCUAGUGGGAAAGCUGGGUACCCCCCUCCCUCUGGCCAGCUCUACCUUCCCAAUACCUCUCUUCCCUCAAGUAACCAGAAGAAUCUUUUUCUUCUGAACAUACAGCUUGUAAUAUACAUAAAAGCAGAGUUUGCUUUGAUCCUGACAGCAAAACGUUUAUUUUUAAACUGGAACUGGGCUGUUGUCCAGCAAUGCUCUUUCCUUUGCAUCAUGCCCUGCGUUUCAGCUCCACAGCCUGCCUGGGUGCAGCUGGACCUGCUGCAAGAGGGACCUGAUGGGUCCUGCUGAGCUCACUCCCUCCCUCUCCCCCCAUUCCUCCUUCUCCUCUCGUUUUGAAAUUCAAAUUGAAUGCAAUUUUCAGCUCAUUUGAGCCAGAAUAUACUCUUGCUGAGCUUCAGUGGCUCUUAAAUUCAAACUCGAAGGAGAAAACAGAUAUCAUCUGUCACUGAGGGUGGGAAAGGGUGUCCUCCCCACCCUUAUUCAUAGAAGACAGGGCUUCACUGACUAAUUCCAGUCUUUCUGACUAAUCACUCACUGACAAACUAAUCAGCUAAUCGAUGUGACUGGUUUCUUGUAGUUUGGUCUCUUUUUGCAGGUUUUUUUUGUUUUUUUUUUUUUAAUAUUUUAUUUCUCCAGCCUAUUUAGAAUUUAUAUUUAAAGUCCUAGAAGUGCCCUAGCUGAAACGCCUGUGUCUGCAUUUGACUGUGCCUGCUCGUUUCUGGUCUCAUUGUCCCCAUCACAGACUAUUCCCUCUAAGGAACUACAGAUGAAACUACCUGGAAUUGGACAGCUGGCAGAGAAGAGGCGAGGGAUGAGAAAUUUUCAGAAGAAGAUUAAAAAUUAAGAAGGAGCAAAGGGAGAAAAAAAUGUUAAAUCAUUAGGUGUUGUUAUGUCAGCAGGUUUAGGACAGGGUACAUACCACAGCUACUUGUUCUAUAAAACCUGUUUCAUAUUAACACGUGGCAAUAUCUCGUGAGUCAUCUGGUGGGAGUCCUGCUUAAAAGUAGAGAAGAAAUACGACUCACUUCUUUUUCCUUACUGCUUUAUUUUUUUUUCUAGUAUUAUUUUUGAAAUAGAAAAAGACUCUUGCAAAGAGGUCCAUCUCCUGCUUUUAUUGUAGUCCUUUACAAACUUCUCUUUCAUUUGGUGAAAAUAGCAUUGGUUUGGAGAUUGGCAACUACCUUCAAAGAGAAAUGUUGCAAGAAACAGCAAUUUGGUAGGUGUAAGGGCAAAACUAAAGUACAAUCUGUGCUAGUAGAGAAAAUAGGUUGCUUAAUCUAACAGCAUGAUAGCAUUUUAAUGCUGUUCUGAGCAACAUCAGCUUGCCACUGGCAAAAAUCCUCAACCUGAAUUUUUGUUGCAACAAAAUCUACAUGCCAGAAAGAACAUCAUAAAUAGGUGACAUAAAUAGAAUAAACAGGACAUCUGCAAAUGGUGAGAACAUACUGAAAUCAGACUGGAGAGUAUAUCAAACACCAUGCUGGUCCCUUAAUUGUUUUAUAUGUUCUAAAGCCUUGAUAUAUUACUAAACCUGGCUUUAGGCUGGAAACUGCUGUUCUGGAGCUUUCUUGGUGCCUGUUCCUUGUUCCUCAUGCUGGGCAAGGGUUGGCGUACAGUCAGGGCCCAAUCCUGCAAACAGUUUUGUGUUUGGUGUGCUAAAUCAACCAAACUGAAAUGAAACUCUGGGGCAAUAUUCAGUUAUCCCUUUGGUUACCUUAUGUACUUCAGUUUAGUGUGUGGUAAUCCCUAAAAAAAACCCCAAAAACCAAGAACCCACCUUUUUGCUGUGGGCUGAACCAAAGCAGAGAUUGUGCCUGUGCAGUCGGCUGACUGGUUCAUGACAGAUGCCUUGCACAGAAACCACUGUGCUGUUAUGGCAGAACUGGGGUAUUUCAUAUUGGAGGGCACUGGCAGAAAGCAGGACUGAGGGAAGAGGGCACUCUUGGUGUGAGAUCAGAGAAGCCCAAGCUCACCUUUGGGACUGGGCCCCUCAGGACACAAGCAGUGUUGAGGGACCUGGAUCUGGAUCACAGUGGAGCGAGUUUAGAGAGGUCAUACGUGCAUGGCUGCCAGGGUAGCAGGGAUUGAUUUUCAGUGGUCUUUGUGGUCAUAAAUGUUAGCCCUGAUGCAUUUACAGUUACUGAAGCAGGGGAUUUUGGAAUCUUUUUUAAAUUAGGCAAUUAAAUUCAGGUUAAGCCCUGUUUCAGGCACCUCAGUGCCUCUCUGAAUCUUCCCCUUUGUCUCCAGUGGCUCUGUUAGACAUUGACACUGACCUGCAAAGCUGGUACUACAAGUCCUUAUAAAGAAAUCUGAUAUUCCUAUGGAAGUUAUGAUGAUAUAUGUAAAUCAGCUGCCAUAUCCACACUGUCACCUCUUCAGCUGAAAAAGAAGGGCAAAUCAUUUCGUUGGUAGCUGCUGAAACCGUCAGCUGCACUGUCAUUAAUACUAUCCCUCUUUCCUGGAAACUCAAUAUGUCAGCUACCUGAUGUACCCUUCCUCUUCCAAGAAUACAUCUCUCCAUUCCUUCAAAUUCUUCUUGAGCUGGGACCUCCCAUCUGCCAGUUUAUUGUUCUUCUUCUGGCCCAUUAGUUUUCCCUCCCAUUCUUUUUCCAUAGCCUCAUGUGUUUUUAAUAGAAUUUUAUCAUGUGCUAAUAACCAGAGUAUCUGAGCUCUAUACACAAGAGUAUAAAGUGAUGUGUCCAACUGCUGUGAUGCCUUUUUGUUUUAUCCCUGCUCUUUCUUGUGGAGAAAACAGUGUGAGGUAAGGCAUUAGGUUUCGAAUUUUUGUAUUGCUGUUAUAUACACCUACACCGUCAUGACUCAGGUCACCCUCUGACUUUAAGGCGUCCCCUUGACCAUCCUGUUCAGACUUGGUACUGGAUCUGUUCCUCAGAGAGCUGCCCAGAUUUCUUUUGCUGCUCUCUGAGAAGAGAAUGUCCAUGUCGUGUCAGUUCUCUUAAGCAGGUGUUCCCAGACCCUCUCCCUAGAUGCCAUAGCUGAGCUUCUUGGUUCUACACCCCCUACUCUGUCUUGCUGCUUAACCCUGAUCAUCCCAGAGAUCUUCCAUGAUCAACCCCCUCAUCUGUAAUUGAUCUUACAGAGGUCACAUGGCAGCUGAAGCAUUUGCACACAGAUUUCAUACUGGGAUGUGUAUAAUAUAAAGUGUUUUGCUUUGCAGAAAUACAAGAGCCAUAGUAAUCCAUGUGAUAUAAGAAGUGCAUCCCUCCUUGCUUGGGUGGCUCUCCUGGAUCUCACCCCUCCCUGAUCUACCUUCCAGCUCACAGCCAUCUCCCUUGGUUUGUGCUUGGGCCGUAUAUGAAACUUUCCAUUCCAGAAAGAAGCAAAACUUGGACUGGUGUCAGUAGACAUUGGCAUCAAUGGAAUUCUUACAUAAGUCUCUGCAAUUCACCUUUUUGUUGUAGCACCUCUAAGUUUUCCACUUGAGUAAACUCUUGUGCACCUCCGGAAUCCUAUUAGAGAUUUCCACAUAAGAAAUUACUGGAUUGCAAGUCACAAACCUAAAAUUCUUGCCUCAUCCUAUAAAAAACCUGUUGGUGUGUCUGUGUGGGUUAUGCUGAUAUAGGUAUGUAUCCACAGAAAGAGUUAUGUUUUAGGAUAUUUCAUCAGUAGCAGAUUACUUUCUGUUCUUCAGAGGUCAUUGGGUGACCUGCAAGUUCUGCUUGAUUAUAACAUGCUCAGUGGAGAUCACAAUUUCAAAUGAAUAAACAAAUGCUAACCAAAACGUGGAUGUUUGUGGUAUUGAACUUAGAAUCACGUUUUUGCAUUUUAAUUUUGUGUCUACUUUUAAGAAUAUAUAUAUUAAUCCUUCUGAUUGGUUCUUUUUCAUUCUCUAUACAUAAAAAAAAAAUUAUUUCUUUAUAAUGCUUUGAGAAAUUUAGUAGUGUAGAAUCAGAACUCUUCUCUUUGAUAUUAUCUUUAAAACUGCUAUUGACUUGAACAGGAUUAGUGGUCAUGUUAGGGAGCCUGAGAAAGUGGUCUCACAGCUCACACAGCAUCUGAUUCCUGAAUAACAAACCUCGCCAAGUCAACUAUUUCCGAGUCACGUUUUGUUCCAUCCUGGCACAAGCCAGACUGGGACAGCAAAUUGUAUCACCAAAGAGGCAUGACAUGAGCUGUGUGUGUAUUUCCACCACCCUUUGUAUUGCCAUGGCAACAAUAGUUUUAAUUAUGGAGAGCCAAAACAGUAAGUUGUAUAUCAGAUGGGGCUCAGUUUUCCCUGUGGACAGAACUCUGAUUAGCCACUGGAGAAAAGCUUUGUAUCUGGUUUUUCCUUCCAGUCUGGAUUUUAUUCUCUGCUUUAGCAGCCGGCUUGUUGUGUUCAGGGUGUGAACUUGGAAGGGCUGCAGCCAGCUGGAGGACAGUGGCACAGAGGGAGAUGAAGUGACCCUCCUGUCUCAGGGGCAGCCUGGCACCAUGCUGGUUUGGGUGUUUAGGAAUGGUUAUCUCACUAAAGGACUGCUCUUGGCUUCCCUCUAAACCACUGGAGAUCUGCAGAUUUGGAAGGGGCUGGUGUGAAGUGAUGUCUAAUAAUCAGCGUUGACAAUGUUCAAGACUGUGCUUAGGGGGACAAACAAGGAGCUCCACUUCAGCAGUACACAUGAAAAUUUGCAAUCUACAUUCAGCUGUGGGAAAUAAAUAUGUCUGCAUGGUAGGAUGCAGGUCAGGAGUGGCUUUUUUCACAGUGGCAAGGGUGUUGUUUAAGUCACUUGUCCAAAGGGGGGCGUAAGGGUAGUGACCAAAAGUAUGUCUGUCACUCAGGAAAUUCAUUACAAGAGAGGAAAAACUUCAUUGAUGUAAAUCAGUGUCUUCAUAUAUAUAUAUAAAAAUCAAUUAUGUGGCCUUCUAAUGCACUAAUUUCCUAUUUUGUUUGAAUUGUGGCCCUUGGUGGUUAUGGUAAGGUUGCUUCUAGGUUUGUGAACUUCCUGGCAGUGUUUGAAGACUAGUGAGGUUGGAGAAGAGAUGGAACCCUGUAACUUUUAUGUGGAUCUGGUCUCUGAUCUGAUCUUCAGAUCCUCUGUGAUUCCAAGUGUAUGUUUUCAUGGUCACAGGUCUAAGGCAGUGUCAUCAGGAGAUCAUGGCCAGAGAUCAUGAUAUCACAGAGAAUGAGAUCACACUGUUAACUAGAAUUUCAGUUAUUCAAAUGUGGUUCCAGGAUGCAGGGAGCUCAGCAAGAAUGUAGGCUAAUCUUUAGACUUGCUGAAUCUAUAAUCUCACUCCUUACAGUGUUCCGACAGCUUUUUUUUUCCAACACACAACCCUGAGCAAGUAAUCCACUGAUGAUUUUAUUGUCAAUUCACUUGUACUUCUUGAAAUUUAAAAAGUCCUGCCUCCAAGAUUUUUAUUUUGGAAUUUGAGAUCCUAAAUUAAGCCCUCUUAUGAAAGAAAAUAAGAAGUUUGCUGUUGUUUUUAAUAAGAUUUUACGGUAAGUAUGGCAACAGCAAGUCUGUCAGUCCCAGCUUUACUGCAUGUGUCUAGCUCUGUGUUUUGAGACCCUUGAAAUAUCUGGUUUUAGGACAUCAGCAGGGGGCUAAUGAAAAGGCUUUGUUGAUUUUAACGAAUUGCAAGCCACUGUAGCCAAAAUAAAUAUAAUCUGCUUUUUGGAUUAGUUGUCACACAUGAUUUUACCUACUAACAGUGAUUAAAGAACCCUGGUGGAGCAGAAGCAUAGCUACUCUCUGGUGACUCUUGCUAAAAUAGCAAUAAACAGAAGUAAAUAAAGUGUUUGGGCAUUAGUUAUCUUUAAUAAACACUGACACUGCAUAUGAUGUUUGCUUCAAAAACCUCCAUUGAGUACAGACCACGGUGUCACUCUUUCUAGCACAGAGAGCACUGGUCAUUUUAGAUGUCUGGAAAUUAUGGCAUGGACAAGCCAUGUUCUUGGCUGCUGUUCUUCCUUGAGAGGUGCCUGCACACCUCAUGGAGGCUUCAUCAUCAGUCAUUUUCAUCCAGCAGCAGACACCAGAACCAAAGUCAAAAAUAUCCCAAACUAGAGGGAUUAUGACAGAAAAAUUAAGGGAGUGUUAAUUCCUUGAGUAAUUCUGCAACCCCUGAACUGCUGUAAUUCCAUCCAGUUAAUGAACGGUGCUGGUCUCUCUUACCUUUGUCUGUGUAAGCUGAUGAACAGAAUUACUUGCCCCUGCUGACAUCUUUUAUCCCUGAUAUUUUCCCAGUAAUCAAGGGUGGGUGUGUUUCCUGAUCCCCUUCACAUUUGUUGUGAGAGGCAACAAUUACACUUGAUGGUAUUGUACUAUUCCUUUGGACUCAUUGUUGCUUUUAAUCAGUGGAGAGAAGAAACAAAACAAAAGAAAACAUGUUCCUUCUUCCAAGAGGGAAUUAUUGCUGCAGUACUGAAUGUUGGGAAUAAUUUUAGGUUCUUUUGUAGGGGGGGAUAACACCUUCCUGAGAGUGGCAGAGAAAUGAGGAAUUUCCCAAAAGCAACAAAGAAAUUUAGGGCUUUGGAAAUUAAAAAAGAAAAGUCAAGGGAUAGCAAAACAUUAGAAAUAUUAGUUUAAGGAAAAUUCUACCAAAAUAGGGAAGGGCUGUGAGCUUCCUUACUUGUAUUCAUCUGUUCCUAAUUAUACACCCCUGGAAGGCACAUGGCACUGUUCUACGAGGAGUUUAUCUUUUAUACGACAGCUACAAAACUUCAAACUCUAUCAAGUAAACAUCCUCAAGCUUUUUAACAAUUGUAUAACUCCUUUUUGAUGUAUGGAGUUAGAUUCUUGUUGGUACUUUUGGUGAAGUCACGCAGCAGUUACAACCCACUUCUGGCUUUAUAGUCUACGGAAAAAAUUCUUUGAUACUGUGCUCAGGAAGGGAGUAAGACCCACCAAGGACCCAUCCUUCUCUUGGCUGGCAGUCAUUAGGAGUUUGGAGGCUUGCCCAAUGGUGUAAUUCAAGUCUUGACUGCAUAUCUUAUUGGUUUAAAAUAGGAGCCAACUCCAGCUCAUCAGUUUUUGCUAAGAAACUAUUGAUUGUGAUUAGCAAGCUUAAAAAUAAUUACCUUGUGUGUUCAUUGCUAUCUUUGGACAUACUCUCAUAUUCCUACUGUUAUAGAAAGUAUUGAGUAGCACAAUAGGACGAUUUGAUGACUAAGGUGUUACACUGAGUGGGUGGCAGAAGGGUAUUGAGCACGUCUUAAUUGUUCCAUCUCCUGGGCAUGGAACAAACACACAACACCUCCACAGGGGAGAAAACCCCCUGGCCUUGCUGAAAAAUACAAAGUGAGCUAUCCCUCAUGCCCUUGUUCCCAUGAGGGAAGGUGUAUCCAGUCCUUCCCAGUUGCAGUCAUGACUUUCACCACGUUUUUGGCAGAAGCCACAAGCCCACCCGGCAGCACAGGGGUAAAACACUGGUUUGCUUAGCACCUGGGGAAGGGGGGGAUGAGUUUCACCUGGGUUUUAACACCUAUUUUACAAGGCUGGUGGUGCUGAUUCAUACCUGGUUGCAGUUGACCCUGAAUGACUGACUCAGUUAAUGAUAAGUGAAAGCCUGUCUGCCUCUGGAAGGUGUUGUUCUGUAGUGGGGAUGGUUUCAGCAAGCAGAUGAAUUUUUGUUACUUACAGCCCUGUGUACUCAUGUGAACCAGCAUCCACUUCAGUCUGCUCGAGCCUGGGCCACCUGCUGAGAGUGUGAGAAGAGCUCCCUAUAGCUGUCAGACUCCUAAUGCAGGAUUUGCUGACAUUUGGGCUGUUUCAUUGCCAGAGGAGGCUUUGUGUGUCCCAAAGGAAGCUUCUCUGCAGAAUGUCAAGCAAAGAUCGACACAUUGAUUCCAGCUGUUCGUCGUACAUCAAGACGGAACCGUCGAGCCCCGCCUCUCUGACGGACAGCAUCAACCACCACAGCCCCGGUGGCUCCUCCGACGCCAGCGGGAGCUACAGUUCCACCAUGAAUGGACAUCAGAACGGGCUGGACUCGCCUCCCCUCUACCCCUCGGCCACGGGGCUCGGGGGCAACGGGCCGGUCAGGAAACGGUACGAUGACUGCUCCAGUACCAUUGCUGAAGACUCACAGACCAAGUGUGAAUACAUGCUGAACUCCAUGCCCAAAAGACUGUGUUUGGUGUGCGGUGACAUUGCAUCAGGGUACCACUAUGGAGUGGCCUCCUGCGAGGCCUGCAAGGCUUUCUUCAAGAGGACAAUUCAAGGUAACAUAGAGUACAGCUGCCCAGCAACGAAUGAAUGUGAAAUCACAAAGCGCAGACGCAAGUCCUGCCAAGCCUGCCGCUUCAUGAAGUGUCUAAAAGUUGGCAUGCUGAAAGAAGGUGUGCGCCUAGACCGAGUACGUGGAGGUCGCCAGAAGUACAAGCGCAGAAUAGAUGCAGAGAACAGCCCAUACCUGAACCCUCAGCUAGUUCAGCCAGCAAAAAAGCCAUAUAACAAGAUUGUCUCCCAUUUGCUGGUGGCUGAACCAGAGAAGAUCUAUGCUAUGCCUGACCCCACUGUUCCAGACAGUGACAUCAAAGCACUUACCACUCUUUGUGACCUGGCAGACAGAGAACUGGUGGUGAUCAUUGGAUGGGCUAAGCAUAUUCCAGGAUUCUCCACUUUAUCUCUAGCUGACCAGAUGAGCCUUCUGCAGAGUGCUUGGAUGGAGAUCUUGAUUCUCGGUGUUGUAUACCGGUCACUUUCUUUUGAGGAUGAGCUCGUAUAUGCUGAAGAUUAUAUUAUGGAUGAAGACCAGUCCAAACUGGCAGGCCUUCUUGACCUUAACAAUGCCAUACUGCAGCUGGUAAAGAAAUACAAGAGCAUGAAGCUGGAGAAAGAAGAAUUUGUCACCCUCAAAGCUAUAGCACUUGCUAAUUCAGACUCAAUGCACAUAGAGGAUGUUGAGGCAGUGCAGAAACUCCAGGAUGUCUUACAUGAGGCUCUGCAGGAUUACGAGGCCGGGCAGCACAUGGAAGAUCCUCGUCGUGCAGGCAAGAUGUUGAUGACUCUCCCGCUUCUGAGGCAAACCUCCACCAAGGCUGUGCAGCAUUUCUACAACAUCAAACUGGAAGGCAAAGUCCCCAUGCACAAACUUUUUUUGGAAAUGCUGGAGGCCAAGGUCUGACUAAAGCAUCAUGGGCAUCCCCAUCAUGCACGUUUUAAAAAAAAAAAAAAAAAAGAAAAAAAAAGGGAAAAUAAACAGGAUAAUAAUGGCAAAGAAACUUAGUGUUUAAUUAAGGAAAAAAUGACUAAAUGACUGCACUGAUAUUUAGCAGCAAGACUGUGAAGCAGCUUUCAACUUUUUCUUCUGUGUCUUUCUGAUGCAGUUUUUUCUUUUCCUUUUCCUUUUCUCCCUUUUCCUUUCUGUUCUUUCCUUUCCUUUUUUCCUUUUUCUCUUUUCUUUUUCCUUUGCUGCUGAACUUUUUAAAAGAGGUCUCUAAUUGAAGAGAGAUGGAAGCCAGGCCUGCCAAAGGAUGGAAAUCCAUAAUAUGGAUGCCAGUGAACUUAUUAUGAACCAUAAUGUCCCCAAUGACAAAGGAAUCAAAGAGAGAAGCACCGUACCUAGCAGUACAGUACAACACGAUGAACUGACUGAAUGCAGUAUUAGAUUUCAUAGGAGCAGUCUCUAAUUAGACGACUAAAGCGACGAUGCAUCGGCUGCUUCUUAUCAUUGCAUUUUCCAUCUAGAUCAGUUACAGCCAUUUGAUUCCUUAAUUGUUUUUUCAAGUCUUCCAGAUAUUUCUUAGGUUAGCUACGAUGUAACUUUUUCAGGGAAUAGUUUAAGCUUUAUUCAUUCAUGCAAUACUAAAGAGAAAGAAAUACUGCAUUUUUGUGCUGGCUUGAACAAUGAUGAACAAUAAUGAAGGACAAAUGAAUCCUGAAGGAAGAUUUUUUUAAAUGUUUUGUUUCUUCUUACUAAUGGAGAUUUUUUUGUACCAGCUUUACCAGUUUUCAGCCAUUUAUUAAUGUGGGAAUUUAUCUUACUAAAGCAAUAGUCGAAGGGAAGGUGCAUAUUAUCACGGAUGCAAUUUAUGUUGUGUGCCAGUCUGGUCCAAAACAUCCAGUUUCUUAACAUGAGCUCCAGUUUAUAACUAAAUGUUCACUGACUCAAAGGAUUAGAUUACACCUGCAGUAUAUCCGAGUAGUCUGCCAUACAAAUACUCCAUGUCAAAUACCAAUCCGUAACGGUGUUAGGAGACAGCGGCUGCGCAGCGGCCGCCGAGUGAUUUCUAACUGCUUCAGUUGCAAAUGAACGAGAUACGACUGCCUGUUUGCAAAAUUGUAACCUCACAAAAACCCUAUCAACCUGCAGUAGCUUAGAGGCCACCAGGCAAAUGCCGCCGUUUGCAAAAUUAAGAAAUCAGAGUAGUAGACUUCUGACCAAAUUGAAGAAUUUAACACUUCUAUACCUUAUUUAUUGAUUUAGAUUUUCGUUUGUAAAUGGCGAACCUUAACAAGUAGCUAAACCAGUAUAUGUGCUUUUCAACCAGUAUUGUCACAGCAUGAAAGUCAGUCAGUUUCAAGACUGUUACGAGGUGUAAUCUAAUGUAUAAACCGAUUAGAUGCCCCCAGAAAACUACAGUCGCUAAAUAACCAAUAAACAAUAACCUCCAUCAAAUGCUAUACCAAUGUACCAGUGUUAGUAGCUGCUCCCUGUACUAUGUGAACAUCCUUAUUCUAUGUACACAGAUGUAAUUAAAAUUGUAAUCCUAACAAACAAAAGAAAUGUAGUUCAGCUUUUCAAUGUUUCAUGUUUGCUGUGCUUUUCUGAAUUUUUAUGUUGCAUUCAAAGACUGUUGUCUUGUUCUUCUUGUGGUGUUUGGAUUCUUGUGGUGUGUGCUUAUAGACACAGGGUAGAAUUAGAGACAAUAUUGGAUGUACAAUUCCUCAGGAGAUUACAGUAGUAUAUUCUAUUCCUUACCGGUAAUAAAGUUCUUCCUAGUAAUAAUUAAGAGAUCGAAACUCCAAACAAAUACUCGUUAUGAACAGAUACACACUGAAAUCAUAAUAUUUUCAAAACAAGGGAUAAUUUCUGUAACAGUUUAUUAUAGAAUACCAAUGUAUAGCUUAGAAAUAAAACUUUGAAUAUUUCAAGAUUAUAGAUAAGUCUAAUUUUUAAAUGCUGUAAAUAUAGCUUUUAUUCAAUCAUCUCUCAGAUGUUGUUAUUAAAUCGCUCUGUGUUGUUGCAAAACUUUUUUGGUGCGGACAAGUUUCCAAAACUAUUGCUACGUUGUGUGCUUUAAACAAAAUAACAAUGGGCCGAUGCUCUCUCGGCCUCAUGCUAGGAAAAAAAAAAAAACUGUGUAUCUAUCAUUAGCUAUAUGGGACUAUAUUGUAGAUUGUGUUUUCUCAGUAGAGAAGUGACUGUAGUGUGAUUCUAGGUAAAUCAUCAUUAGCAAUUCAUUCAGAUGGUCAAUAACUUGAAAUUUAUAGCUGUGAUAGGAGUUCAGAAAUUGGCACAUCCCUUUUGAAAAAUGUCAAAAAAAAAUACAACUCCUGGGAAAAAGGUGCUGAUUCUAUAAGAUUAUUUAUAUAUGUAAGAGUGCAAAAAAUAAAAAAGUUUAUUUUCCAGAAAGUUUGUGCAGGGUUUAAGUUGCUACUGUUCAAGUACACUAUAUAUAUAUAAAUAUAUAAUAUAAAUAUUGUUUUUGCUGUAUCACAUUAAAGAACUUGGGCUUCAGGGUCAAUAGCCAAUCAACUAGAAGUAUACAAAAAACACACAAAAAAUGGAGAUGUGUUAAAGGCACACGGUGCAAACUUUAGUUUUCAUUUUCUGUAAUUUUUUGGAGCUGCAAAAGAACAAGUAUCUCAAGACUGUAAAACCAUUACCUGAAACUUAGCUAAAAAAAACUGCACGGGCUUUAUAAUGUUGUUCAUCUUAAACCUUGCUGGAGAAGAGUUCUUUCAAGACCACUUACUUAAUGUGAAGUGUUGGGAAAAUUUCAAAGGGUGUAUGUUUUAGCCAUAACAAUUUAAUUUCUAUUUUUGCUUCAUUUUUUAAUUUUUUCUUAUUUAAAGCAAUAUGAUUGUGUAACUCCCAGAAGUUACACAUUUGUUUCAAUCAGAUCAGAUUGUUGUAUUUAUUCCACUAUUUUGCAUUUAAAUGAUAACAUAAAAAGAUAUAAAAAAUUAAAACUGCUAUUUUUCUUAUAGAAGAGAAAAUGGGUGUUGGUGAUUGUAUUUUAAUUAUUUAAGCGUCUCUGUUUACCUGCCUAGGAAAACAUUUUACGGCAGUCUUAUCGUGCAAAGAUCGCAAAAGGACAAAAAAAAUUAAACUGCUUAUAAUAAUCCAGGAGUUGCAUAAUAGCCAGUAGUUAAAAACCGAAACAAAACAACAAAUGAAAACAAACAUGUCUAUAGCUGUAGAUGGGCUUCACAUCUGUAUAGCAAUCAACUGUAUAUUUUUGUGAUGUGUAUCAUACCGUGUGCUCCAACCAAUGUCCAUUUGUGUAAAUGUAUUUAUUUUAUAUUGUAUAUAUUGUUAAAUGCAAAAAGGAGAUAUGAUUCUGUAACUCCAAUCAGUUCAGAUGUGUAACUCAAAUUAUUAUGCCUUUCAGGAUGAUGGUAGAGCAAUAUUAAACAAGCUUCCACUUUUGA